CUCGAAGACGGUGACAUGCUGUACGAAAAUGCCUUUACCAAAGUCUAUUCCAAARGGGAGGAAUCCCUCCAAAGAUUAUGAUCGUGUGUAUGUUAAUAGGUAUCAUGUUAUCAAAAAACUCGGGAGUGGGAAUUUUGGAACAGUUUUUCUUGUUAAAGACACCGAAUCAAACGGAGAGAGGAAAUGCCUAAAGGAGAUAUAUGUUGGAGAACUGCAGCCAGAUGAAACUGUUGAUGCUAUGAGAGAAGCCAAAUUAUUGUCCAAUCUCAAUCAUCCCAAUAUUGUCAAAUACCUGGACAGCUUCCUGGAWCAAGAGUGUUUCUGCAUUGUAACUGAAUAUUGUGAGGGUGGUGACCUAAGUGAGAAGAUCGCAGCCUGGCAGAAGGCUGGUAAAACAUUUGAUGAAUCUCUUAUUUUAGCAUGGUUUAUACAAAUUGUCUUGGCAGUUCAUAGCAUGCAUCAAAAAAGAGUUCUUCAUCGUGAUCUUAAAACAAGAAAUAUUUUUCUCAAGAACAAUGUCAUCAAAUUAGGUGAUUUUGGAAUAUCAAGAAUYCUAAUGGGGACAUCUGAUAUGGCUACCACAUUUACUGGUACUCCAUACUACAUGAGUCCUGAAGUACUAAAACAUGAAGCKUAUAAUCACAAGUCAGACAUAUGGUCAUUAGGAGCUAUUUUGUAUGAAUUGUGUAACUUAAAGCAUCCUUUCCAGGGCCAGAGUUUGAUGGGAAUAAUGUACAAAAUUGUAGAAGGAGAUCCUCCUGAACUUUCUAACAAAUACAGCCAAGAAUUACAUCAUUUAUAUAAAAGAUUACUAUCAAAAGAUCCAAGUAAACGUCCAAGCGGAUCUGAAAUUCUCAGAAAUGAAUAUAUAUCAAGUAAUAUGAAAAAAAUGAGCCUGCAAAUGCAAGAGAAACUUAAUUUAAGUGUGAAUCCCUCAGCAUCUCAUCGAAAUAAAAGCAAUAUUGAAAGACCUGCGACAAGAACAGGCAGAAGAUAUGACGAUAACCUGCCAUUACGAGAAGAACAGGAAAGACCUCUAACACCUUCGGACAGAUUGAGACUAAGGAAAAUGAAACGCGCUGAUGAAGAGGCUGAAAAAAUAAAGGAGUAUAUGGCUAAACAAGGAAAUGAAGCCCAGGAACAGUGCGUCUCCYAUAGGAAAAAGCAGAAUCAAGUAUCCUUGCCAUGGGUUGAUGCAAAUCCUGAUGUCUUCAGUGACCCUUCCUUUACAGUAACGCGGUCUUUUGACCUGUCAACAGCGAGUGAAACUGUUGUAGAAAGAACAUUAAAUGAUGAUGCAUUUGAUUUAACUACAGUGUCUGGUAUACCAGAGGAUGCGAAUUUGGCAGAAACUUACUAUUCACAGUUUGAAUAUGAAUUUGAUAGCGAUGACGAACGCAGUGAUUGUGAUGAUGAAGGGACAUUAAAUAGUGAUGACGAUUACGGGGCUCUUGUUGGUCAAUUAGAGAGGGCUUUAGAUUCUACACAAAGUGACCUUGAAUGCUCUUUGUCAGAUGAAGUUUCUGAACAAGCAGUGACUCAAAGAAUAUCAAAGUUGACUGGUGAUUGCAUCAAGCUUCUAGGAAAAGAACCUUUCCAGAAAGUUUACAAUUAUCUAAAAGAAGCUCGGUUUGGUGGUGUGUUUCAUAAUGARGAGUCUAUCAUGGUUGGCUUGGGCAAAAUAGUCAAAAAUCCACGAGAUUGCUUUCUUGUCGACCAGUUGAUUUUCAUGGAAAUAAACGCAGAGAAGCAUUCAUAAAAAGUGAGGUAAUAAAGAGCAGCGAUGCUUGAAGUAGGAAUUCAAUGYCAGUUGUAUAUAGCCAUUGGCGAAUGGCGAAUGUCAAUGGUCGAAUGUCAGUUGCACGACCGAAAGUARUMAUGGGUUUUGCUAGUAGAAAGGCAAAUGAUAGCAASUGAUUUGUACUGUAAGAUGGUYUGUGGUAAACAUUGCCUCCAUUUAGUCUCCAUUUCUACGUAAGGUGAAUCCAGUAAUUGAAAUUUUGUUUAUCAAAACAGUGAUCGCCGUUCGCCUUUCUCCCCGACAACUUUUUUUGAAAUAGCUGUAUAGCGAUUGUUAGACAGUUUGGAGAAUGCAUGGCAGAAAAGCAUUGUGGGAAUUCAUUGUCGGUGGUAAUAUUCAUCCAUCAAAGACAUACAAUGCUUUCUUUCCAUGAGAUCUUCUACGAUGGGUUGUCAAUCACUGUUGAUGCUAACUUCAACUUAUCAUGUUAACUAGAAGUUGUUCUUUGACAGUUAUUUCAAACAACCUUCUCGAACAAACCGGAGACUAAAAGUCAUACCAUACAUGAAGCUUAGUUUAUCAGUAGUUUAUAAGCUUAGUUUAUCAGUAGUUUAUAAGCUUUUUUGAUUCUCAGUAAAGUGCACUGGUACGAUGAAAACCGGGCAUCAAGCUGUUUUUGUACAUUUAACUGUUUAUGGAUAUCUGAAUUAGUGUAUGGGAGUAUUUUGUAUCGAUACAGCAAUGAAAACAGCAGGAUUGCAGCAUUAGAUUAAGCUCGCAGUCUACCAUGACUCUGUCAUUGUAAUUGUUUGUAAUUUGAAAGCGCUUAGAGCAGAUUUGUAUAAGCGCUGUAUAAAAUAAAAUUAUUAAUUAUUA